UGUCUCACUUCUUUUUUUGGGUGCCGAGGCCGGGUCCGUUGCUGCACGCCCGUUCGUCCGUUUGCCCGUGUGUGCUCUCACUGCCGUUGUGCUGUCUGCUCCUGUGUCUCGUUCGUCGUGCAGGACGAGAGUAGCACCCCUUUUCUGCUUGCUCCUUUUUGAUUAUUAAAAAAGAAGAAGAAGGAAAAGAAAAGAAGAAAAGAUCCGUAUGUCUUUCGCUGUGUGUGUGUGUGUGUGUAGCAGCUUUGUUGUGUCCGUUUCUUCUUUUUUAUAUAUUCCACACCGGCACACAGGGCCACAUUGCUGCUGACUUGUUCUUGUUUGCGAAACGUUUCUUUCCCCAUUCGACAACAUACCACCACCGCAGUGCGAGCGGUUUGUGCCCAGGCCUGAUCGGUCUGGUGAGCCUCACACCAAACAUUUUAUUUUGACGGGGCCAUUUUUCAUGCGAAAAACAACAAAAUAAAAGUGGAGAAAGCAACAACUCCACCAUCUCUACCACACAGUACAACUAUAAAAAUUUGUGUGUUUGUGAGCCAAACGAGAGCAAAUGAUUAACAUCAUCAACAUCAUCGACAAAAGAAAAAGAAAAAGCGGCCAUCACCAGUGAAUGAAUCAUGGAGCCGCUGCUACUGAGCAAGAUUGAUCGGAUAUUCAACUCGCUGAGACUUCAGAAUCGCACAGGCCUGCAUCACUCGACGUUGGAGUGAGCUGUUCCUUAUUUUAUUUUUUAUUUAUUUACAUUUUUGUUUUUUUGUUGGGGAGACGGGUGAAUGGGGUAAUACAGUAGUCGAUUAAAAAGCCAAACAAAAAAGUGAGAAGAAACAAAAAAAAACUUUGAAUCCGGAGAAGGCAUCCAAAAUCGCGUGUUUAAUACACGCACAACUACCUCCAUGAUGAAUUAUCCAGUAUGGCCGGAUUCGGCCGGGGUGGCCGGCUACUCUCGGACAUUGCUGGGCCAAAGCGGAGGCGGAAUGCGGUCGUCAUUGGCCCCGCCGCCACCGCCUCCGCCUCCAGCAGCAGCCGGCAGUGGGACCGUAGCUGGAGACGAAGGAGGGAGCAACACAAACAAAUGCAACCCGCCGAAAUAUAACGUCACCAACGGAACAGACCCGAGCAUUCAACGUUCAGCCAAUCACCAUUCAUCUUCUUCCUCAGCCGGCGGAUCGUCGUCGUCGGCGGCCCGUUUGAAUAAUGGAGACGAUUGUGGCAACGGCGGUAGUAACGGCGGAGGAGCUCGAGGCCAUCAGCUCCCCUCGGCGGACAAAUACGCCCCGCUGUCUUCCUUCACCGACGAUGACAGUCUCCUCAAGGUGGCGACACAUUUUCUGAGCGGAGGAAACGGCCAGGGACGACACUACAUGCCUAUUGCUCGCGAUUACUCUACGCUGGGCUACCCUUCGGGCGUUUCCGUCAGUACGACCGGCUCCUAUUGUAAUCCCGGCCAACAGCAGCAGCAACAACAACAGCAACAACAGCAGCAACAGCAGCAGCAGCAAGCGGCUUUAGAAAGACCUGGGGGUUCGACACGCAAUCCUCAUUCUUCAGAUGGGCCAGGAGCCGGAAGCCGGAUAUCUUCAGCGUCUAGUUCGGAUAAUGGGGGAGCGAAUGCAGCCGGCGGGGCGGGCCAACCCAACCCGUUACUUUCUCCGUGCAGCGUAAUGGAAGAAGCCUCCAGUCCUGGAUCGACUACUAGCCAAUUAUCCUAUUUGGGCGCCCUACAGAGUCCGGCUAAUUCCGGAUUGACGCCACUCGGCUUCCCCGCUCCGUACCUUUUGACGAAAGAUGGAGCUGGAUUAGCCGCUGCGGCUGCAGCCGCCGCCGCGCACGCUGCCCAGCAGGUCGGACACGUCGCGCACGGUGGACACGGAGUUCACGGGCAUGGUAGUGGUGGACACGGUAGCGGCAUUGGCGGACCUAAACAGAAGAAAGAACCUAAACCGGGCAGUGAUGUACGUUCAUUUGGAUGUCAGGUCUGUGGGCGUGGAUUCAAACAAAAGGCGACAUUGGCCCAACAUGAACGGACUCAUACGGACGAACGACCGUUUGAUUGUCCCGAUUGCCACAAACGCUUCCGACAGCAGUCUCAUUUAGUGCAGCAUUUACGGAUCCAUUCGGAUGAGCGACCCUAUGGAUGCACCUAUUGUGAAAAGGCGUUCCGUCAGAAGGCGAUACUCAACCAGCAUAUCCGGAUUCAUACAGGAGAGAAGCCGUACGUUUGUCCACAGUGUACUAAAUGCUUCCGGCAAAAAGCCAUACUUAAUCAGCACAUCCGGACGCAUUCGGGCAAACGUCCGUAUUCUUGCCCGGACGCCAAAUGCAAAAAGAAAUUCGUCGAUCAGGCAUCGAUGGAGAAACAUUUCAAAAAGCAUAUCGAGGACGACCAGCAGCAAUUGCUGGCCGAGGCACGUGGAGGACCGAUGAGGUCCGGCAACGCCGGUGGACGUAACAAUGCCAAAGGAUUGUUGCGAGUGAAAUUGAACAAUUCCGACCGGCCGACGACGACGUUUAGCCGCGUGUUGGCGCCUGGCGCCGGCGGGAUCUCGACUCAGGACCGGGCCACAUCUCCCUUCCCUAUCAACAUGAUGACCCGUCCUGGACAAAACAAUAACAAUGCUGCGUCGGGUGCUCCUACCCCGGCUGGCACUGCAUCCGCUUCUCCUGAACGGAUGGCCGAUACGCCGGCUGCCAGCCGGAUUGAACUUGCUGCUCACGAAGGCUCAUCUCAACAAGCACCGCCCACUUACCUGACUCAUCACGGGCAUCAUCACCACCACCAGGCGGCUGCCGCUGCGGCAGCUGCUAGUAAUCCAGCUUCCGGACCCUAUCAUUUUGUACCGUUCCCUCACCGACCUUAUCACUACGAUCUGCUGAGUCUUGGCUCCAUGGGCCAAUCCAUGUACGGCGGAGGAGGUAGCAAUAACAAGAUGGCCGAUCAGCAUGCAGCCAAAUACCGAUCGGAUGCUUUGGGUAACUAAUAGAAUUCUGGGGAAACGUCUCACAAUCAAAUGGGUGGACAUAUGGACAAGGAGUGCGUCCCCAACAACAACAUGGCAACCAACUACACGGUGAAUGGAAGCGUCCAGAAAGACAGCGUCCCGUGAGCAGACGUUAGCAAGACUUUCAAAACGAAAUGACGACAGCUAAAUAUGAUCCCGACAACUCUAUAAAGUAUAUAGAUAUAUCUCUUUUAACUUCUCUUUUUUCUAUCUUUGUAUUGAUUUUUUUUUUUUUUUUUUUUUGAAACGUCAUUUUCCUCCCCCCGCGAAAACCUUAGCUGGCGGCUGAUAUGCAAAGAAAAUAAUUUAGAGGGAAAAAGGGUUGAAAAGAAGUUUAAAAAAAAAAUGGGAAAUUGUUUUUUAAAAAAUAUACCAUUUCCACCAUUUUUUGUGUGCGUGUGGAAAAGAUAGCAAGAUGUUGUGUGCCACACCGGUGAAAACAGUUUUGAUUGGCCGUUUUUGGCGGCUAAAAAGGAAACAUUUUCGAAAAUACGAUUUUUAAACAAUUAUCAUAACAAGUUAGAAAAAAAAAAGCCUUCAGGCCAUGUUCCUAUCAUUAAACAAAAUUGUUAACAGGUUCAGGUUUUCUUUUCAAACAAGAAACAGAAAAUAAUAAUCCCGAAAUGCGUGGGCGUAUCUAUAAAAAUUGUUUCAUAUGAAUUCAUUUUUAAGACAUUUCACUCUCUUUCUCCCAUCGUCCGGGACUUUCCUUUUUUCGUUCGUGUUGCGUUCAAAGUAUACGAGAAAAAAGUACGAAAAAAAUAACUCACAUAGAAACACGACACAUUGACGAAGAGUGAGGAUUUUUUUUUCGCAAAAUCCUCGUGUGUUUGGUUUAUUGUUGUGUGUUUCUUUUUUUCCUCUUUUUUCGCAACCGUUUGCAGGGUGUUUUCUUUCUCUCUCCUCAUUAUCUCUCCUUUCUCCAAUAACCGAUGGGUUCAAAAAAAAAGAGAACAUUAAUUGAAAGGGAUAAAAGUGCAGGUUCUUUUUUUUAUUAUUAUUGUCGCAUGUUCCUCCACCAUUUGAAAAUGUCUAGACAUCUUUUUUUACGAGAAUCAAAGUAGACGGAUCGAUCAACUAGGAGGCAGACGGAAGUAUCGAUCGGAGUCGGGGACGUGUGUGUCAUGCCAAAAGAGUUUCUCGUUGCAAAAAAGGAAUUUGUCUUUCUUAGAUACACAUUUUGUUUGUUACUUUUUCCCCUGACAAAUCGAAGAAGGAAAAUGUCGCUUUUCAGUUUAUGUCGCUAGGAAAAUCGGGAGUGAAGUGAUUCAUUUCUUUUAUGAACUCUGAAUUUUUUUUUUUUUGCAAUUAGCUUUCAACCCGCCAAAUGCAGCUCAAAAGACGCAAAAAAAGGGGAAAAAUGGCUUCCAGAUGAAAAAAAAAAUUUUUUUCUCGUUCAAUCAGAAAAAAAUCUGGCGCUAUUUAGUAGCAACUUUGUUGACGUUUUCAUUUCCUACAAAUGAGAAACAGUUUGUCUAAAAAAUCGGGGUGCCAUGUAGGUUAAAAAUUUUUCGCUCGGUUUCACAAGUUAAAAAAAAAUUGAAUAAAUUUUUUAUUUUUCAAAAUGGAUUUCGGUUGGUGUGUGGAUGGAGAAACUGUAAAUCUUUCAUUGUCGCUUUGUGAUACGAAAGAGGUUGAAAAAAACAAAAGACGGUUUACUUUUAUUUUUGAAUUUCUCCAACUUUUUCGUCUUCUCAUUAAAAUCCACUGGGCAACGUUGUCGAAUUUAUCAAAAAAGAUGUUUGUAUUCCACAUCUUUAUUUUUUGAUUUUCAAAAGAAAAAGAAAAAAUUUAGACGAAAUAUUUCAAAGACUUGAAAACAAAAAUUCGGCCGAACAAGAAUUUCCCAUCUUUUUUUUUUUUCGAAUACAUAUAAAAAUAGGGUUAGGUAACUUUUAUAUAUAAAUAUGUAUAGUCGAUGGCAUGUGUUGAAAAACGAAAAAAUCUUCCCAUUUAAACGUAUUUUUUUUUUCCCCUACAAAAAAAAAAAAAAAAUCUUCCGGUUCUCAAUCGAAGACAAGAAAAACCUGUUAGUUGUUUCUGUUAUUUUAUCAACUCUUCCAAAAGGAAAACAAAAACAAAACAAAAAAACACUCCCGACUGUGAUGUCAUCACGUUUGUAACCCGAUAGGAAGCAAAAAAAAAAAAAAAUGAAAUAAAAAUAACGACAAUAUCCCCUCCCCCCAAUUCUUUUUAAAAAAUUUCUGUGCAUCCACCAAAUCCACCACCCACAAGAAAAAAACAGACACACACCGAAAUUCUAAUUGUUCUCCAUCGUUGAAAUAUUUUUCUUUUCUUAAUCGGAGGGCAAGAACCCACGUUGUCAUUGUGUCUCAAUUUUUCUUUCUUUUAUUCGAUCAACUAUUAGGCCUAAAUAUCGAGACAUUUUCUUAUUAUAAUUUAGCUUUUUUUUAUAUCAUUUUCAUUGAGGAAGGGAAAAGAAGGAGAAAGGAGGAGGAGAGAAGAAACCGGCUUAAAAAAAAUCUAAAAAGAGAAAUGAAUCGCGUCCGCCACACGUGUUUUGUAUACGUACACACCUCUGCCUUGAAAAAAAAAAAAGCUAAAAAUUCAAAGAGAAUUGCUAAAGAAUGAAAAUGAUGUGAACGAAAAUUCAAAUGAUUGUUGAUGACGUCUCCCGCUGGUUCGAUUGAUCUUACAUGUCUCUUUAAUAAUUUCGUUCAUGUUUGUUCUCUUUUUUAUCUUGUUGUUAAUUUGGUUGUUAAACUUUUUUUUAAAACAUAUACAGUACAUAAAUUGAUGAUGAUCAUGAUUACGUGCUUGAAUGUAUGAAUAAUUUUUUUUCUGAAUUUUUCCCUGUUUGAUUUGUCAUUUAAACAUUUUUUGUUGUGUCCCUUCGCCUGCCCUUAUUCUCAUCCGCACGGUGUCGCGGAAGUUAAACACACACACACCCUCCACACAUGCAUUUUUCUUUUUUAUUUUAAUUUCCCAAGGUCUACAAGGUACACGAAUGAGCGGUAAAAGAAAGGAAAAAAUUGAAAUAAAAGAAAAUGUUUACAAAAAAGAAAAAAAAAAUAUGUUGAAAGGAAAAGAAAAAAAAAAUUAAACAAUCCUAGUGCUGUUGCGGAUUCACAAAUAACACUGCCACGUGGCUUCGAAUACACUAGAAUGUGCAAA